AUGGCUUCGGACUUCGUCUCCAAGCUGACCCUUGAUGAGAAGGUCUCAAUGAUCACGGGCAACUCAUCCGCAGGCAAUUGCAUCGGCGUCAUCACCCCUAUUCCCCGGCUAGGAUUUCAAGGCCUUUGCCUUCUUGACGGCCCCGCAGCGAUCAACCGCGUCGAUCUAGUCAGCGUCUUCCCUUCAGGCAUCACAGCUGCUGCGACCUUUGACCGGGAUCUCAUCUACCGUCGGGGGUAUGCGCUGGGUGAGGAAUUUAAGGGCAAGGGUGGGCACGUAAUGCUUGGGCCAUCAACGGGCCCGAUGGGCCGUAACGCUCUGGGUGGCCGCAACUGGGAGGGCUUCGGUCCAGACCCCUACCUAGCUGGGAUCUCAAUCGCGCAAACCGUCCACGGUGUUCAAGACGCUGGAGUCCAGACUUGUUCGAAGCACUACAUCGCCAAUGAGCAAGAGACCCAGCGUUCCAACACCAACCAGACAGAUGGCACCCGGGCCGAAGCCAUAUCCGCCAACGUCGACGACAGGACCAUCCAUGAACUCUACCUCUGGCCUUUUGCCGACGCCAUCAAAGCCGGGACUACGUCCGUUAUGUGCUCCUAUAACCGCCUUAACCAGACCUACUCCUGCGAAAACUCCCACACCCUGACCAAGCUCCUCCGUGAAGAGUUGGGAUUUCAAGGGUACACCGUUAGUGAUUGGUUCGCAACUCAUUCCACCUCUGAGUCCAUCAACGCGGGCUUAGACAUGGAGAUGCCUGGCAUCAUUCCGUCUUACCAAGGGUCUGUUCUCUACUUUGGUGACAGAGUGCUCGAGGCCGUCAGCAACGGAACCGUCUCUGAAGCGAGGAUUGAUCAGAUGGUCCGCAACAUCAUGACACCGUACUACUUCCUCCGUCAAGAUGCCGAAGAGUAUCCGACUGCAGACCCAGCACUCCGAUGGGUGACUCUCAUUCAAGAAGUCGGUCUCAGUGCUGCGAAGGCUGGCGGCUUCCUCCCUGAUGACUUCGUAUUCGAACAUGGCCGGGAUGUAAGAGGCGACCAUGCCAAGGUCAUCCGCGAGAUGGGUGCUGCCGGCACAGUUCUCGUCAAGAACAACAACACUUUACCCUUGAGCAGCCCAAAAAUCAUCGGCGUCUUCGGGAACGAUGCAGGGGACAUGACCGACGGGUUCUACCGCCCAUCCGAAGUCCCCGAUAGCGUCAACACCGGCACCAUGAUCAUCGGCGGGGGCUCCGGCACAGGCCGCGCAUCAUACGUCGUCUCGCCGCUGAGAGCCAUCCAAGCCAAGGCCGCAGAGACGGGCGCGGAGGUGCUCUAUGCCACCAACAACGAGCUCCUGGCGAGGAACGACUUCAGGGGGAUCUACCCCCCACCCGAGAUCUGCGUCGUGUUCCAACAGACCUUUGCCAGCGAAAGCUUUGACCGCACUUCUUUCGAACUCGAUGGAAACUCCACCGCUGUAAUCAACAACGUCGCUGACCUUUGCGGGAACACCAUCGUGGUUACACACUCGGGCGGCGUCAACACCAUGCCAUGGGCAAACCACACCAAGAUCGGAGCAAUCCUCUUGGCGCACUACCCUGGGCAGGAGAGUGGGAAUUCAAUUGUCGAUCUUCUCUGGGGCGAUGUUGCGCCCUCGGGACGUCUUCCGUACACCGUCCCGCGCAAUGAAGCCGAUGCGGGCCCGCCAAUUGUCAACAUCACUGAGCCUGUUUCCGACCCCCUGGCCUGGCAGGCUGACUUCACGGAGGGCCAGCUCAUUGACUACCGCCAUUACGACGCCCAGAACAUUGAGCCGUUGUAUGAAUUUGGCUUUGGAUUAACUUAUACCACUUUUGCCAUUGAAGACAACAAAAUCGACGUCAGCCUCGUCAAAGGAAACAGCUCGGUGGCGGCUCGGCCGGAUGCAUCAUUGAAGACACAGCCUGGUGGAAACCCACAACUAUGGGACGAGCUCGUCACCGUCAAAGCCAAGGUCACAAACACGGGCGACCGGUCUGCGCAUGCCGUUCCACAGCUUUACUUGUCGUAUCCAGCAGGAGCUCCGGAAGGAACCCCGCAGAGAGUGCUUAGGGGGUUUGAGAAGGUUAUGAUUGAGUCGGGUGCUAGUGCUGACGUCGAGUUUGGAGUGUUGCGGAGGGAUCUGAGCUUGUGGGACGUUAUUGAACAGGACUGGGUCAUUCCUGGCGGGCAGUUCACCUUUAGAGUCGGUUUCAGCUCUAGAGACCUCCCAGCUGAGACUAUGUUUUCCGUCCUGGGCUGA